GAGUCCAGGAAGGAGGUGGAGAGAAUUGGCAAAGUUCCCUGCCACCCCCAUUUUCCAGAUGACGCGACUGAGGCCCAACCAGCUUUGUAGGAGGCGGAGUCUCCCCAGGGUCCCUCUCUGGCUGUCCUAGGGGAGGGGGCUCGGGGAGCCACGAGGCCCCUCCCUGCCUCCCUCCAUCUCCCGGCAAGCUCGGAGGGGCGGGGAGAGAGAGCCAGAGGAGGAGGAGAACUCAGGCAGCUCUGCAGAGGGGGCCAGGAGCUCGGGUGUUUGGUACCCCCAGCCCCACCGCUGUUGCUGCUGCUGCAACGGGGACACAGGUGGCUCAAGGCGUCUCCAAGCCCCCACCAUCCUGGAGACAGCCACAUUCUCCUACACGCCACCCUCACUAACUCUCCCUGGGCUUGGGGAGCGGCACGAUGGCGGCAGGCCUGGCCACGUGGCUGCCUUUUGCCCGGGCGGCAGCGGUGGGCUGGCUGCCCCUGGCCCAGCAGCCCCUGCCCCCAGCACCGGGGGUGAAGACAUCUCGAGGAGAUGAGGUUCUGGUGGUGAACGUGAGCGGACGGCGCUUUGAGACCUGGAAGAAUACGCUGGACCGCUACCCAGAUACCUUGUUGGGCAGCUCAGAGAAGGAAUUCUUCUACGAUGCUGACUCAGGCGAGUACUUCUUCGAUCGCGACCCUGACAUGUUCCGCCAUGUGCUGAACUUCUACCGAACGGGGCGUCUGCACUGCCCACGGCAGGAGUGCAUCCAGGCCUUCGACGAAGAGCUGGCCUUCUACGGCCUGGUCCCCGAGCUAGUUGGUGACUGCUGCCUUGAAGAGUAUCGGGACCGAAAGAAGGAGAAUGCCGAGCGCCUGGCAGAGGAUGAGGAGGCCGAGCAGGCCGGGGACGGCCCAGCCCUGCCUGCGGGCAGCUCCCUGCGGCAGCGGCUCUGGCGGGCCUUCGAGAAUCCACAUACGAGCACUGCAGCCCUCGUUUUCUACUACGUGACCGGCUUCUUCAUCGCCGUGUCGGUCAUCGCCAAUGUGGUGGAGACCAUCCCAUGCCGCGGCGCUGCACGCAGGUCCUCGAGGGAGCAGCCCUGUGGCGAACGCUUCCCACAGGCCUUUUUCUGCAUGGACACAGCCUGUGUACUCAUAUUCACAGGUGAAUAUCUCCUGCGGCUGUUUGCUGCCCCCAGCCGUUGCCGCUUCCUGCGGAGUGUCAUGAGCCUCAUUGACGUGGUGGCCAUCCUGCCCUACUACAUUGGGCUUUUGGUGCCCAAGAACGACGAUGUCUCAGGCGCCUUUGUCACCCUGCGUGUGUUCCGGGUGUUUCGCAUCUUCAAGUUCUCCAGGCACUCACAGGGCUUGAGGAUUCUGGGCUACACACUCAAGAGCUGUGCCUCUGAGCUGGGCUUUCUCCUCUUUUCUCUAACCAUGGCCAUCAUCAUCUUUGCCACUGUCAUGUUUUAUGCGGAGAAGGGCACAAACAAGACCAACUUUACAAGCAUCCCUGCGGCCUUCUGGUAUACCAUUGUCACCAUGACCACGCUUGGCUAUGGAGACAUGGUGCCCAGCACCAUUGCUGGCAAGAUUUUCGGGUCCAUCUGCUCACUCAGUGGCGUCUUGGUCAUUGCCCUGCCUGUGCCAGUCAUUGUGUCCAACUUUAGCCGCAUCUACCACCAGAACCAGCGGGCUGACAAGCGCCGAGCACAGCAGAAGGUGCGCUUGGCAAGGAUCCGAUUGGCAAAGAGUGGUACCACCAAUGCCUUCCUGCAGUACAAGCAGAAUGGGGGCCUUGAGGACAGCGGCAGUGGCGAGGAACAGGCUCUUUGUGUCAGGAACCGUUCUGCCUUUGAACAGCAACAUCACCACUUGCUGCAUUGUCUAGAGAAGACAACGUGUCAUGAGUUCACAGACGAGCUCACCUUCAGCGAAGCCCUGGGAGCCGUCUCGCCGGGUGGCCGCACCAGCCGCAGCACCUCUGUGUCUUCCCAGCCAAUGGGACACGGAAGCCUGCUGUCUUCUUGUUGCCCUCGCAGGGCCAAGCGCCGUGCCAUCCGCCUUGCCAACUCCACUGCCUCAGUCAGCCGUGGCAGCAUGCAGGAGCUGGACAUGCUGGCAGGGCUGCGCAGGAGCCCUGCCCCCCAGAGCCGCUCCAGCCUCAAUGCCAAGCCCCAUGACAGCCUUGACCUGAACUGCGACAGCCGGGACUUCGUGGCUGCCAUUAUCAGUAUCCCUACCCCUCCUGCCAACACCCCAGAUGAGAGCCAACCUUCCUCCCCUGGUGGCGGCAGCAGGGCCGGCAGCACCCUCAGGAACUCCAGCCUGGGUACCCCUUGCCUCUUCCCUGAGACCGUCAAGAUCUCUUCCCUGUGAGGGGUAGACCUGCCCAUUCAGAAGGUCCUCUUCAUUUUUGGGAAAUCCUUUCCAAAGCCAUAUUUUUGGGAGGCAGAGAGAGGCAGGCUUGGACACCCCUUCUGCCCCCCUACUGAGAACUAUGCAAUGGAGUUUCAUGAAAUGGUCCACAUAGUGGGGAAGUAGCCAGGAAAUGGGAAACUUCCCCCCACCCCAGACAUUUUUCCUGGUGGGAGCUGAAGCACUGGGCUUCCACAGGCCCCUGGCCUCCUUGCCCCAGCACACUGGGACUGGCCCCACUCUCCCAGCUGGACUCCUGCAUGCUCCUCCCCUUGGGCUCUCAGUUGAAGGUAAAGCUUUGAUCUGAUAUCUGAGGUCUGGCCUAAGAAGGAGAGUUGAGACUUCCACCUCCCUCUGGCUGGGAUAUGGAGCUUUGGAGGUUCAGAGAAGAGAACCCUCACCUCUGAUCUGGCCUCUACACGAGGUCCUCACCCUCUAUCUGGCCCAACAAUUCCCAGAUUCUGAAGCUUGGAAUGCAAACACAGGCUUCAUGGGCUGUGGCCUCUGCAGUGACCUGCCAUCCCCAGGCCUUGCCUGAGGGGUCAGGCUGCCUCUCCCAACACACAGAUAGCACAAAUUCUACCAUCCCCUUCCCUGGCUGCUGGAAAUGGGACCCCGCAACCCUGUCCUCUGCCGGGCCCCCAGCAAACUCUAGCAAUAGCAGCUGCUGCCGUGUCAUUAUGCAAAGCCUCUGACCAGUUUGCUGCAGCAUUUACAUCUGCCCUAAUCAGAGGGGCCACCUCUAACUCCUCCUCCUCCUCUCUUCUCCUCUGGUUUGCCUCCUUCCUGGGUUGGGCUGGAGUCUGGACUGGCCAAGAUAAGAGCCUGGCAACCAGCAAGAGCUGGGCUGUAUUUGGAGAUCAUGGGCUGAUUCCAUGUUCUUGGGCAAGAGUCCAGAAGCAUCAGGGGCUCAGGCCUGGGAUGUUUUUGAACUUUGGGAGUUAUAGGAGACAGGAGGAACUUCUCCUCCUCCUCCCCUACAAUUCCUUUUCCCAUAUUCCUUUCUUCUCCCUCUUGGGUCACCUUCCAGAACUCUGCUCUCAGGCUGAAAUCUGGCAUCAUCUCAGGUUCCCUGUCCCCAGCACUGUCCCCAUGGAGCUGGCGGCUGACAAAGAUGUAGUUUCCAUCAGUCAAUAAAACCUGAGAGGAGAGAUGAGGACUGAGUAUCUCCUGGCUCUGUGGAUUUGGGGGCUGGGUUGGGCUUGGGGGUUGAAAACACUCUGAUUUCAAUCCCUUUUGGCUAGGAGAAGGGCAGGUAUGGGUCAAGGUAUGGGAGAUGGAUGGUUGGUGAUGUAUUCUGGAAGAUGGGGAUCCAGGAGAAAUGAAAGAACGUGGUUUGAGGAGUCCAUCUACAGCCAGUGAGGCAGGCCAGGGGGUCCUGAGACAUUCCUCCUUGGAUAUCAUCUGCGCCAGCUUCCUGAUUCACAGAUGGGGAAACUGAGACCCAGAGAAACACAUAGAGGAGACUUAAACCCAGGCUUCCUGACAGCAAACAACUCUGAAUUUAACCCUAAUAAAAGCAUCACUUGGUUUGGUGAA